UCUGUCAGGAGUGCAAAGCACAAGACGGAAAUGUUUGAAACACACGUCUUUGCUAAUGUGAUGUGUUUAUGUGUGACGUGUUUAUGUGUGAUGUGUUUAUAUCACUCUUCACACUCAAUGGAUCUAGUAUUUCCUGAUUAUAACUAAGCAAUUAUCUACUCUAGCGUUUAAGUUAUGAUUUCAAGCUCAAUUACUCAGAGGUGUAUUUAUCGGCCAUGUUAAAAUAUAUUCAAAUAUUUAUCACAUAGACACCAUAGCUUAGUUACAAUGAAUGCACACCAUGAAACUUGUGAUUUAUAUUCGAAUGCACACCUAUUCACACCUCACUAACUUCUCAUGCUGGUUGUAAAGGCGAAGAAAUAGUUUAUUUUAAGUAAUGUCUAGAAUAGCUGCAAUCUAUGUACCGCGCCUAGCACAGUAAUUUGAAUAGUUGAAAUUUUUAUGCCGUGCAAAAAGAGUCGUUUUAAGAGUGAACAGUCCUUUGCAUAAUUAUUUACAAAUUAUGAAUCAAAAGUUGGAUCUCAAAGUGUAUACAAUAAUUAUAUGUGCUGCUUCUUUCGUUUCAAGUCUAUUCGCUUGCAAUGUUACCAACAGAUUUGGUGAAGACUGCGUGUACAACUGUCACUGUAAGCUGAAUACGUUGUGCACUGAGAAUGGAGGUUGUCCUGAGGGUUGUCAAGAGGGUUGGUUUGGCCCCGAGUGUCAAUACAGUAGAGGAUAUGGUGGCAUCUAAUGACAACCAAUACAUGAGGAACGAGUCGGACGGAUGUCUGGUCACUCCGGAGAAAGAUGGAACUCUUUUUACUCUCUUCUGGCAUUCCUCUUUUAAUUUCACCUGGAUGAGGCUGAUAUUUAAAGAGCCAGGUGUCCAAAGAAAUGUGACGUUGACUUUCUCCAGUCAAGGCAGCGCCCUCUCGUGGCACAAUUGUGCAGUGACAAUAAUAGGCAACCAAACCUACAACAUCGACUGCGACAAUUUGUUGAUGGUGGAUACGUUGGCGAUAAAAACAGGAAAUGAGAAGUCACUUUGUAACGUCUUUGUCAGCGGAGGACGAGAGGAGCCAGUAGAACUUACAAGUCAGACGGUCACUAUCUGGACUAGCCCGUCCUUAAACAUGCCAGAUUGGGAAAUGAGAAUGGACAGUAAGAACUGUACUCAGAAAAUACCUGCCAGUAGUGGACAACACAACAGAACUGUCCUUCUGAACCGUUACAUGUUUCUUGAUCUCAAACCUUUCACUAAAGUGAGGCUCCUGAAUUAUUCCGCGGAUAGCUUAGAAGUGUUUGUUUACGAAGACGCUGGUCAGCCGGCAUUUAUGUAUUUCACGCCAGAGAACGUCACGAGCCUCGUUUCUAUCAGGGAAAUUUCAGGACUGGUCAGAGUAACUGGUAGAAUCAUCAGUUUGUGCCAGGUGGAGAAUUACGAAGAUAGUUUAUGCAUCGAGAGAAAAAAAUACGCUAUACAUUGUAAUCAACCAACCCAUUGCAUGAACGAAUCAGAUGUCUGCAUUUUGUACUUUCGCCUCUGUCGAUCUGGCUGCUCUGACGGAUUCACUGGGGAAUGUUGCACUUCGUACUGUCCGUUUGGUACCUAUGGGAAGAACUGCAGUCUCAAAUGUGAUGACAAGUGUACUCAGAAACAAGGCUGUCACCCUGUCAAUGGGAAUUGUGUUGAGCCUUGUCCAAUGAGUAUCAAUGGAGAUACUUGUCAAACAGAAACUCAACGCUUUCAAGUGUCACUGUAUGACUUUUGAGUUAUCCUGACAUGGUGAAACUGUGGAUUGAAAGACUCCCCUGGCAGACUCUUUUAAC